GCCCUCCUCACCAGAGCGCAGCGCGCACGCCCAGCGAGCUCCGGCGGCAACGGUGGUAGCGGCAGCAGCGGCGCUCCCUCGGCCGAUUUCCUCGCUCCUGCAGGGUCCCGGCUCCGGCCCCCUCCGCCCCGGCCCCUCCGCUCCGGCUCCGGCACCGGCCCCGGCCCCGGCCCAGGACCCCCGAUCCGGCCGGCCCGGCCCCCACCCCAGCCCUGCCGCCCGGCCCCAGGCCCGGCCGCGGCCGCUCCCGCCUGGAGCCGCCGCGCGCCCCCAGUCCCCCGGCGCCCCCUCGGCCCCUCGCCUUCCUCUUCCCGGCGCGGCCCCCGGGCUUCCGCGCCCCGCCCGCCACCAACCCGCUCGCCACCAUGUCUGUGGAGCUCGAGGAGGCCCUGCCGCUGACGACCGCCGAGGGGGCGGCCAAGAAGGCGGCCAAGGCUGGCGGCUCGGCAGCGCUGUCCCCGUCCAAGAAGAAGAAGAACAACAAGAAGAAGAACCAGCCGGGCAAGUACAGCCAGCUGGUGGUGGAGACCAUCCGCAGGCUGGGCGAGCGCAACGGCUCGUCGCUGGCCAAGAUCUACACGGAGGCCAAGAAGGUGGCGUGGUUCGACCAGCAGAACGGGCGCACCUACCUCAAGUACUCCAUCAAGGCGCUGGUGCAGAACGACACGCUCCUGCAGGUGAAGGGCACCGGCGCCAACGGCUCCUUCAAGCUCAACCGCAAGAAGCUGGAGGGCGGCGGCGAGCGGCGCGGAGCCACAGCGGCCGCCACCGCCCCGGCGCCCGCCGCGCACAAGGCCAAGAAGGCGGCCCCGGGCGCGGCCGGCCCCCGGCGCGCGGACAAGAAGCCGGCCAAGGGCCAGAAGCCCGAGAAGCGCUCGCACAAGAAGGGCGCCGCCUCCAAGAAGGACAAAGGCAGCAAGGCUAAGAAGGCGGCGGCCGCCGGGGGCAAGAAGGUGAAGAAGGCGGCCAAGCCCAGCGUCCCCAAGGUGCCCAAGGGCCGCAAGUGAGCUCGCCGGCCUGCCGGGUCUUUCCGGUGUUCGGUUUUUCUACCCCAAGUGUAUGUAGGUUUUUGUACGGUUGCCCGGCCAGGCCACCGCCGCCCCUGCUCUGAGCCGCACGGAGGGCCCGGGGCUCCCUCCAUCCCCUUUCCUGCCCCCCCUCCCCCGCCGCCGUAGCGGUUUUUUGUUGUUGUUUUUGCUUUAGAUUUUUGAAACGGCCAGGCGACGCCCCUAUUGGCUCUCGCCCUUGGCAACGGCUGUCUCCAUGGUAACCGGCCCCUAGGCGCCAAUGGCCGAGGCCGCGCCUGCCUGCCAGGGCGGGGGCCGCGGGUUGGCCGGGCCCUGGUGCGCUGAGACGCCGCAGCCGCGCCGCCCUUCCCCACUCCCCACCCUCCGCCUUUGGGUGCGCGACAAACAAUCGCUCGGGGCGCGGGGCCACGCGGCCUUCCUUUCCUCCUGUUGGCCUUUUUGGGGCACAAUAAAUUGUUUAAACCUUUGAA